GCACAAAAAGUUGUUGGCAAAAUAAAACAAGAGAGGAGAAAAACGAAAUAAAUGCUGUGAAAAGCGACCAAAACUUUGUGAAUUCCAAAAGGAAUACUUACUGUUGGUAUUGUAGCAAUUGACCAAUAAGAGGAAAAAAUCUACGAUAAGAUGUUAACUAUCCAAAGGAAAUCGCUAAAACAUUAACUUCAACCGGCCUUCUCUGAACUGCAUUCUCAUUACUCAAUAUUGUUGUUGUUGUUGCUGGAGGAGAGGAUUCUUCCAUGCUUUGUUGCUGCUGCGAAUUGUAUUCGUAUUCGUAUUCUGAUUUCGUUUUAGCUUACGCAAGCAAAAUCCAAGUCGAGCCGAAUUAGAGCGGUGUUCGAAAUGAAGCUACGCUGGCUAUUUCUUCUAUUUGGAGCGCUGAUCGGAGGAAUUGCUGGCGCCUCCAUUGAUGCAAGUCUGGCCCAGCUACAGCAUAGUCUUGUCGAUCACAAGGCUUGCCAGGACUUGAAGAAAUCAUGCUCGCAUUUCAAUACAUUAGACAAUCUAUCUAUGCUGGAAUGUGUCCAAACUUUUAGCUCCAGUCAAUUGGAAGCCUUACCAGAAUCAUGUCAGCAUGCUAUCUGGCUGGAGCAGCGACAGUUGCAAAUGCCCAUUUGGAUUGAACACACAUUCCUGCCAAUGUAUUGUCCAGAGGAGCAGCACAAGCUCCAGAGCUGCCUGAACUCAGUGGAUUUGUGGAAUUGUCUCGAAGAUGAGCGUAGCAGGUUGCCACAAUCGAAUACCUGUCAACAACACUUAAGGCGGGCUCACCAGGUAUUGGGCGAGGACUCUGCCAGUUUGGCAGAUUUCUAUUUAGCUUGCGGGUCACUGGUGGAGCAACAACAAUGCGGUCGUCUAAAUGUGGAACACCUGCCCUCCAUUCUUUCACAGCUAAGCACUGUGGAGUGUCUGGUCGAGAAUCGACAUAAUAACUUUGAUGCCAAUUGUAAAAUCUCCAUCAAUAUGAUACAGCAGCAACAUGGCAUGUGGCAACUGUUCCAAUCCUGCUCAGCAGACCUAUCCGCUCUGUGCCCGCAGGAGAAAAACGGCUCGCCUGGAGCUUUCAAAUGUUUGGUUAGGCACAAAAACAAUCCGGCCAUGACUCAGAGUUGUCUGAACAAGCUCUCAUUGCAAGAUGUGCAAUUGGGCAAGGAUUAUCGAGUCUCGCAUGGCCUGGCCAAGGCCUGCAAGGAGGAUAUAAAACUGAAUCAUUGCCGCCGCGGCGUAAGUGAAGACAAACAAGUUAGACUGGCCCAGAUAUUGCUGUGUUUAGAAUCCGUUUCCAAGAAUGGCACGAAAUUAGGUCCAGAGUGUCUAAUCGAAUUGAGUGACCAUCGCCGUAUGCUAAUGUCCGACUAUCAAUUGUCGCCAGAGCUGCUUAAUGACUGUGCCGAUGAUAUACCAAAAUUUUGUCCCGAAGAGCAUAAAGCUCAAAUGGUCAAUGGUCUGGCGUCGGCAACUAGAGGCGAGAUAAUCCAUUGCCUGAUGGCUCAUGUAAGAGCCCGAAAGCCCCAGCGACGGGUGACUGCGCAAUGCCAGAGGGGACUGGAACAGCUUAUUAAGGUCAGCGACGCUGGCGAAGAUUGGCGUGUUGAUCCUGUGCUGAGGCAAGCCUGUAAGCCUGUUGUAGACGCCUCAUGCAAGGAUGUGGAGGGCGGCGAUGCACGGGUAAUGAGUUGUCUCAUGGAGCGCAUUGGAUCACCCUCAAUGCUGCCCGCAUGCGAACAGGCUUUGCUUAUCAUUGAAUAUUUUGUGGCGAGAGACUUUAAGCUGGAUCCUCAGCUCUACAAACAUUGCCGGGACGAUGCCAUCAAAUAUUGCAAAGCCAAGCGACAGUGGUACGAUGAUCCCACCCAGUCGCAGCAAAUGGACCCAGAACGCGGACCAAUGAUAUUGCCCUGUCUGCAUCGAAUGGCCUACAGCGAAGAUGAGCAUCAGACAUUGCGCAAGGAUUGUUUUAAGGAAGUCAAACGAGUGAUGCGACAGCGAGCCAUUUCCGUGGAUCUUAUGCCUGAGGUGGAGGACUACUGUUUGACAGACCUUUCGCAGUUUUGCUCGGAUCGCACCGAGAAGGGUGCGGAAAUGGAGUGCCUGCAAAAUAAUAUGGAAAAGCUGCAGCAGGAAUGUAAAACUGUGGUUAUCAAAUACACCGAAGAGGAAGCCGCCCAUGUGGAACUGAAUCCGGUCAUUAUGAGCGUAUGCAGCGAUGCUAUGCAGCAGCAUUGUUCCGACGUAUUGAAAAGUGGCAAGGAUAAUGGCGAUAUGAUGGACUGCCUAAUAGCCCAUAAAAAUGAUGCCGAUUUACGAAAGGAUUUGCGCUGUCGUGCGGCCAUUGAACACUUUCAGAUCAUAUCAUUGAAAAGUUAUCAUUUUACCACAAAAUUCAAGGAGGCAUGUCGUCCCUAUGUUACACGACAUUGCACCGCGAGUGUCACAAAGAAUGAGGUGGUCUCUUGUCUCAGUGAAGUGAUGCGCAACGAUACCAUUAAGGCACAACGCCAUCAGAUUCCCAAGGAGUGCAGGCAACAGGUUAAAUCGCAACUAUAUCAGCAGCGAGAAACGAUACAACUGGACCCCAAACUGAGUAAUGCCUGUAAAAAGGAAUUGCAGCUGUACUGUAAUGGCCAAAAUGGACCUGGUCAGGUGAAUACUAAAAAUGCGCUUGAAUGUCUUGUGCAACGUACACCCAAUUUGGGUAAGGACUGUCAUCAUGCCAUAUUUUUGAUCAAGGAAUCCGAAUUGGGUGACAGCGGUACAGAUUAUACUCUACUUAAUACUUGCAAGGAUAUGAUCUACAAAUUUUGCCCCAAUGACGAUUCAGCUAAACUCUUAGAUUGCCUCAAAACCUACAAAGAUGAUCCUAAAUUUGAUCCGCGUUGUCAUUUGGUUGUCGUCAAUCGGAUGAUCGAGCAGAAUACCGAUUAUCGUUUCAAUCCCUCGCUCCAAAGUGCCUGUGGGAAGAACAUUGAUCAAUAUUGUUCGAAUAUUGUGGCCACAGCUUUACCCAAUGAAGAACUCAAUGGCAAGGUGAUUCACUGCCUUAAGGAUAAAUUUCGUCAAUCAGCUCUUGAUGAAACUUGUGCCCAGGAGAUGGUUAAAAUUCUACAAGAACAGGCACUCAAUUAUAAAUUGAAUCCAUUACUUCAACUGUUUUGUAAAUCGGAAAUUCAGGAGCUGUGCAAAGCAAAUAUGGACGCCGAUGAGCAUGGUCAGGUGGCGGAAUGUUUGAAGUCGGCGUUUCUGCAAAAACAAAUCAUCAAUCGUCAAUGUCAAGUGGAAGUGGCCACACUUAUAGCCGAAGCUAAGGCAGAUAUUCAUGUAGAUCCCAUAUUGGAGUCAGCUUGCACAGUGGAUUUGUUGCGAUAUUGCUCGAGUGUGGCCAGCGGCAAUGGACGCAAGCUAAACUGCUUGCGCACUCUGCUAAAGAAUACUCCUAAUUCUCUGGACUUAGAUUGUCGGGACAAGCUGCAGCGUCGCAUUGAAAUGUUUCGCAAUGCUGAUGAUACACUAGCUGAACCGCCAAAGGAUGUGCAGCAGCUGGUACAACAGGUAGCCAACUCGCCGGCUCGUAAAUUUUUCCUUGUGAUAUUGAUGACUGCCACAGGCUUGAUUUUCCUCAUGGGCAUAUUCCUGGGUCGUGCCUCUAAUCGUGCAAUGGGCUUAAAAAAUAAAUAGAAUAGACUGUAGGGUAUAUCUUCCCUUAAAUGAUAUGUGUCCCUCUCUUUCUAUGUGUGUGUGUUUAUGUGUGCGUGUGUCUAUAAUCUAUAUAUAUAUAUAUGCGUGUGAGUGCGUGCGUGUCUGUAUCUGUGUGUGUGCGUGGAUAUGUAUGAGUGGAUUUUAAUUCCAACUUGUUCAACCCAACAAUCUCCCUUCCAAUUACCGCUCCUACUUCCAUGCACGCCGCUGCUUGAAUAUGUUUUUAUUAAAAGCAAUUUGUGGCCUAAUCUUUUAUAAGUAAUCAAUAGGAGACAAAAACUAUUAGGGAAGAUUUUUUUAUGUUGUAACUUUAUCCUUCUCAAAUGUGUGUAUAUUAAAUUGUAUUUUUAUAAAUUACAAAAUAAAAAAAUAAAUAAUUUUGAUAGCAACUCCCUUACAGAAA